UCCGAUACUCCUGCAAAGAGCUCUUGCAUUCAAGUAAACAAACAUCCUUAAUACAAGUUAAGUAUGUUCCACGCAUUGUGCUAGGUACUGUUAACAAAAACGGGUUACUACUGUUAGGACUUCCUUCAUGCCGUGGCGCUUCUGCUCAGCCAGCUCCCUUCGCCUAGGAGGACCUCUCUACACUACCCCGCUAUAUCCCCUCCCCGGAAUUCCUUCCCAACCUUCAAGGACCAUCUGCCCCAACUAGCGGCGAACACCGCGGCUGUAGUGACUGUGUAGAUACUUAUUUGACCUGCUCCCUUGGCAAACACUUGAAACUCAAUACAUGUUUGUGGAACUGAACAUAGGCUGUGUACGCAGUAAGGCUUCUUUCCCUGGAAUCGCCAGCCCUUCCUCGGACAAAGCGACCAGCCGGUCAGAAUCCCAAAUCCUCGACUCCAGAAAUGAUUUGGGAGACGGAAUUUCCGAACGUCAGCAAUCAUAGAUUUGGGCGGGUAGGAGGGUUUGGAUCUUCAGGUCACAUCUGCGCGGAGAGACCUCCGGCCUCGGUGGUCGGUGCUUCCGCUCCGGAUACCCUUCCGGUUCUCCGGUCGCCCUCGUCCCGCCCAGACGCCGGCCGUGACGAAGGCACGCCGGGGUGACCUCACCCUCCAACAUGGCGGCGGCGGUAGAUUAGGCCCGCGGGUCGGAGCAUUCGCCGCCGCUGGGGGACCCUGUCAGAAGCAACCGCCGCCGCCGCCUCUUUCAUCUCUUCUGGGGCAGGGGCCAGGGCCAGGUUUUACACAUCCGUAAGUAGACCUUUUUGGAGCCUCACCAGCCAAUUCAAUGGCGUCCUCUUCUACUGUGCCUCUGGGAUUUCACUAUGAAACGAAGUAUGUUGUUCUCAGCUACUUGGGACUCCUCUCUCAACAGAAGCUGCAAGAGCAAUAUCUUUCCUCACCCCAAGGGGUUCAACUAGAUGUAGCUUCACAAUCUCUGGAUCAAGAAAUUUUAUUAAAAGUUAAAACUGAAAUUGAAGAAGAGCUAAAAUCUCUGGACAAAGAAAUUUCUGAAGCCUUCACCAGCACAGGCUUUGACCGUCACACUUCUCCAGUGUUCAGCCCUGCCAAUCCAGAAAGCUCAAUGGAAGACUGCUUGGCCCAUCUUGGAGAUAAAGUGUCCCAGGAACUGAAAGAGCCUCUCCAUACAGCAUUGCAAAUGCUCCUGAGCCAGCCAGUGACAUAUCAGGCAUUUCGGGAAUGUACACUGGAGACCACAGUUCAUGCCAGCGGCUGGAAUAAGAUUUUGGUGCCUCUGGUUUUGCUACGACACAUGCUUUUGGAAUUGACAAGACGUGGUCAAGAACCUUUGAGUGCACUGCUGCAGUUUGGCGUGACAUACCUGGAGGACUAUUCGGCAGAGUACAUCAUUCAGCAAGGUGGCUGGGGCACUGUGUUUAGUCUUGAGUCAGAGGAGGAGGAAUACCCUGGAAUCACUGCAGAAGAUAGCAAUGACAUUUAUAUCCUGCCCAGCGACAACUCUGGACAGGUCAGUCCCCCAGAGUCUCCAACCGUGACCACUUCCUGGCAGUCCGAGAGCUUACCUGUCUCGCUGUCAGCUAGCCAGAGCUGGCACACAGAAAGCCUGCCGGUCUCUCUAGGCCCUGAGUCCUGGCAGCAGAUCGCAAUGGAUCCUGAAGAAGUAAAAAGCUUAGACAGCAACGGAGCUGGAGAGAAGAGUGAGAACAACUCCUCUAAUUCUGACAUCGUGCACGUGGAGAAAGAAGAAGUGCCCGAGGGCAUGGAAGAGGCUGCUCUGGCUUCUGUGGUCUUGCCAGCGGGGGAGCUGCCAGAGGCCCUCCCUGAAGCCCCAGCCCCCUUGCUUCCACAUAUCACUGCCACCUCCUUGCUGGGGACAAGGGAACCUGACACAGAAGUGAUCACAGUGGAGAAGUCCAGCCCUGCUACAUCUCUGUUUGUAGAACUUGAUGAAGAAGAGGUGAAAGCAGCAACAGUUGAACUCACUGAAGUGGAGGAGGUGGUCCCCGCACCGGAACCCACAGAAACGCUGCUGAGUGAGAAGGAGACAAAUGCAAGGGAAGAGAGCCUUGGGGAAGAGCUGUCCCCUCCCGGCGAGAUGAAGCCCCUGCCGCCGUCUGAGGGCAAGUCUAGACUGUCCCCCGCCGGCGAGAUGAAGCCCCUGCCGCCGUCUGAGGGCAAGUCUAUACUGCUGUUUGGAGGCGCUGCUGCUGUUGCCAUCCUGGCAGUGGCCAUCGGGGUAGCCCUGGCUCUGAGAAAGAAAUAGAAGGCUUUUCAGGAGAGAGAGACAGAAGGAUGUAAGGUUGGAGUGUACUGGCUGGAAUUUGAACCUCCAGCAGCUGUCUGGACAUUUGUGGAACACUCUGGGGUAACUGGGGACUUCUGCUCAACGUGGCAGUGUCAUGUUAGGCACGUUAGGGCUUGAGGUGGGGCAUUCACGUUCGUCUGACUGUAAAUCCCAAGGGCCUCGGCUCAUGCUAAAUUGAGAACCUUAGGGGUAAAGCCCCCCUCCAGGACAGGGUUUCCCAGCCUUGGCACUAGCGAUACUCUGAUCUUUUUCUGUGGUGGGAUGUUCAGCAGCAUCCCUGGCCUCCACCCACUAGAUGCCAGUGGCACCCCUCCCAGAGAUGACAACCGAAAAUGUCUCUAGACAUUGCCACGUGUCCCCUGUGAACAUCCCCUGUGGAGAUCCACUGCUUUAGUGGAGGAGGGUUUACUUAGGAAGAAUUGGGAUAGAAAUUCCCAGCUGAGAGAGCUUAGCUGUGGGCUCCUCAGCUACUGACUCGUUAGCUCUUAAUCCCCUUAGAAUUUCAUCUUUCCUGAUGAGCAGGCUGGGCUCUGCACCUACUCUUUUUUUUGCCCCCCCCGCCCCUCAUCCUGGAGUGUGAGGGUGCUCGCCCGUACUCUCAGCUGCCUCUCAGGGACUGCGCUGUUCCUCUUCACCCCCGGGUUCCUGCUACGGUCCCGUGGGAGGGGGGUUGCUCUGGACUUCUGCUCGGACCUGUCCACGUCCCCGAAGCUUCCUGCAGCUCCACCUUGUAAAAAUGCUACCUUUAGGAAUCUUUGAAAUAUGUAUACAGAGAAAAUAACAUGAAAGAGACCUGGGGUCCCCACUUGUGAGUGCAAUUGUCAGUAAGUCUGGCUAGAGAGACACAUUUGUCUUGUGUCAAGGCAGGAGGAUAACCCGGAUGACCCUCUGAGGUCUCUUCAGCACUUUCCAUCAGUGGUCACCCACAACUAUGGUUAGUUGCCAGCAACAUCUCUGUUGCUGGAUGGUCACUGUCUUUAAUCCUGGGCUAGUAUGUUUUUUCUAAUAUGUGACCUCAGUCUUACUACUGACCAGUUCUAUGGGUCUCUUGCUAGGUGGUAAGGAUUUUUAUUCUUGGGCUUUUAGAGCCAGUUAGAUCAUAACUCAUGAAAUAUAGAGUGUCCUAAAUAUCACUGAAAUAAAAAGUAGGAAAAAGAAGCUUGAAUUUUAAGACUGAGGCUGCUCUGCGGAUUCUAGUUUGGCUUUCAGAGUUCGAGAAUGGCAGCAUCUUCACCUGAAUUCUUCAGUGCCAGGGUAAUAAACCAAAAUAGUCCUAAUCAGUAUAUGCUAGUUGAGCAUUGGCAUAAUUUUCUUUCCUCUGGCUGAUCCCAGCCCUAAAGGAAGAGUAGACCUGCAUCUUUCCAUGCCCGAGGGUCACGACGUCACUAUGCAGGGCACAUGUGGCUUGGUUUAAAAAGGUCAUCUUAGAUUUAUCUUAGUAAAUGUAAUAAAUUAUUUUUUAGAUCCUGAAAUUUAUAAUAAAAAUACUUUACCUACCCUGAUCACAAAACCUGAUGUUUUAAAUGUGCUUUCUUUUUGAAAUUUAUGUUUUCAAAUAAAAUCUACCUAAAGCAAUACUGUUUAAAAAUUGGUCAAAA